CCACCACCACCGCCACCGCCACCGUAGUUUUGAUAUUCGCAGGCACGCCACUGCUGCCGGAUGCACCAUGUUCCAUAGGUCGUCGUCGAAUCGGUUGGACGUGAAGAAACUCGCGUUUUGAAAGAUAAGUGAGGUGAGCGAGUCAUCCGCCUGCAGCGUUAACCUUUGGCUCGAUACGUUCGUCGAGAUUGGAAGGGCACCGCAACAUCGCGACAUUGCGACUUGACGACUUAUCUCGUCCCUGCCGGACCUUCGCGUCUUGUCCCUCAUCAUGGCCAUCAAAUUCCUCGAGGUCAUCAAGCCCUUCUGCAGUAUUCUGCCGGAGAUCGCGAAGCCACAGCGCAAGAUACAAUUUAGAGAAAAAGUACUAUGGACUGCCAUUACCUUGUUUAUUUUCCUAGUGUGCUGCCAAAUACCUCUGUUUGGAAUCAUGUCCUCGGACAGCGCGGAUCCCUUUUAUUGGAUUCGUGUCAUUUUGGCUUCCAACAGGGGAACGUUAAUGGAGCUUGGUAUUUCGCCUAUCGUGACAUCUGGCCUCAUUAUGCAACUAUUGGCUGGUGUUAAAAUUAUCGAAGUUGGAGAUACGGCAAAGGAUAGGGCCCUAUUUAAUGGGGCUCAGAAGCUAUUUGGAAUGGUCAUCACAGUCGGACAGGCAAUUGUCUACGUAAUGACAGGAAUGUAUGGCGACCCAGCUGAAAUUGGAGCUGGAGUAUGUCUCUUGAUCAUCAUCCAACUGUUUGUAGCAGGACUGAUUGUCUUGCUAUUGGAUGAAUUAUUGCAAAAAGGCUAUGGUUUGGGAAGUGGUAUUUCUCUUUUCAUCGCUACCAAUAUUUGCGAGACUAUUGUUUGGAAAGCAUUUUCUCCAACUACUGUUAAUACAGGCCGUGGUACGGAAUUUGAGGGCGCAGUCAUUGCCUUGUUUCAUCUUUUAGCAACGAGACAAGACAAAGUUAGGGCUUUGCGGGAGGCAUUUUAUAGGCAAAAUCUUCCAAACUUAAUGAAUUUAUUAGCCACGAUCUUGGUAUUUGCCAUUGUGAUAUAUUUCCAGGGAUUCAGAGUGGAUUUACCAAUUAAGUCAGCGAGGUAUCGUGGUCAACAAAGUAGCUAUCCCAUUAAACUUUUUUACACGAGCAACAUUCCAAUUAUCCUGCAAUCUGCGCUGGUCUCUAACUUGUACGUCAUUUCUCAAAUGUUGGCCGUGAAAUUUCAUGGUAACAUUAUUGUCAACCUGCUUGGAGUCUGGUCGGAUGUUGGUGGCGGUGGCCCUGCUCGAUCUUAUCCCGUCGGUGGACUAUGCUAUUAUCUCUCCCCACCUGAAUCCGUAGGGCACAUUGUACAGGAUCCUGUACACGCUGUUCUCUACAUUCUUUUCAUGUUGGGAUCCUGCGCAUUCUUCUCAAAAAGUUGGAUUGAAAUCUCCGGAAGCUCCGCUAAAGAUGUUGCAAAGCAAUUAAAGGAUUCUCAAAUGGUAAUGCAAGGUCAUAGAGAAAAGUCUCUGAUUCACGAAUUAAAUCGCUACAUCCCAACUGCAGCGGCAUUUGGUGGUCUUUGCAUUGGCGCUCUUUCGGUACUGGCAGAUUUCUUAGGUGCAAUUGGUUCUGGAACUGGUAUUCUACUUGCCGUUACAAUUAUAUAUCAAUACUUUGAAAUUUUUAUCAAAGAACAAAGUGAAAUGGGUGGUAUGAGUACAUUACUCUUUUAAGACUCAUGAAAUUUUGUUGAACUUAAAGUGAAUUUUGUAUUUUAUGAACUGGAAAAUAGUUUAAUGCGAAGAAAUAUGUUAGGCGUUAUUUAAGAAGAUUCGCAUGUUAAGGUGGGUACAAUAGUAAACUGG